AUGCCGGAGCUUAUAGGCGUGGGAGAGUUCCUUGAGGAAACUCGAGAGGAUUACAAUUCUCCAACAACAUCCACCUUUGUGUCGCGUAUGGCACAAUGCCGUCAAACUAUCGCUGCAUUGGAAGAGACACUUGACUUUGAUCGAGAAGGACUUACAAAGCUGAAGAAAGCCGUCAAGGCGAUACAUAAUUCGGGAAACACACAUGUUGAUAAUGAAAUGUGUCUUGUUCGGGCAUUGGAACGUCUUGGGUCGGUGGCUCUGUCGAAAGAGGAACCCGAUAUUGGUGCAGCAUUCUUGAAAUUUUCCGUUGUAACCAAAGAACUUAGUGCACUAAUGAAAACAUUGAUGCAAAACAUCAACAACAUUGUAAUGUUUCCCGUGGAUUCUCUGCUCAAGGCGGAGCUUCGUGGCAUGAAGGGUGAAAUGAAGAGACCCUUUGACAAAGCGGCCAAAGAUUACGAUUCCAAAUUGAUAAAAAUUGAAAAGGAAAAAAAAGCUUUAGCGAAAGAGGUUGGCAUGAUGCGAACGGAAGUAACGCCAGCGGAAAUAGCAGAGGAAAUCGAAAAAGAAAGACGUGUGUUUCAGCUGCAAAUGUGCGAGUAUCUCAUCAAAUUUAACGAAAUUAAAACCAAAAAAGGAAUAGAGCUGUUGCAACACUUGGUAGAAUACUACCACGCUCAAAAUAACUAUUUUAAGGAUGGUCUCAAGACAAUCGCUCAUUUCGGAACGUAUAUAGAGGAGCUUGGUAUUAAGCUGCAAACGAUUAGGCACAAACAGGAUGAGGAGCGCCGCAAGCUGCUCGAACUGCGCACUCUCUUGCGCUCAACACCAGAUUUUGAUCGCGUGGAGAAUGUUGCGCCCGGCGACAGGGGAGGUGCAGUAGGAUAUUCGCUACAUCAGUUACAAGGCGAUAAGAAUCACGGGAUCACACGGAGCGGCCACUUGCUGAAGAAAAGUGAAGGCAAAGUACGGCGUGUGUGGCAGAAGCGACGAUGUCGCGUUACAGCAGACGGGUUCUUGGAUAUUUGUCAUGCGGACGAAACAAAGGCACCGACACGUGUGAACCUUCUAACGUGUCAGAUAAAACCUCUUGCGGAUGAUAGAAAGGGAUUUGAUUUAAUUAGUUAUAAUCGAUCGUACCAUUUCCAAGCGGAGGACGAAGCCGACCAGAAAGCCUGGAUGUCGGUGCUAAUCAAUUGCAAGGAGAAGGCACUCACAAAAGCAUUUCAGCAUGCCAAUCCGCAAAUGAGUCCCAGUUUGAUAGAGCUGCAAAAGACUGUGAUUAAGCACAUUCAAAAUUUGCCCGGCAACGACCAGUGUUGCGAUUGCGGGUCCCGAAAUGAUGUCACGUGGAUUAGCUUAAACUUCGGCAUACUAGUGUGUAUUCAGUGUUCGGGAGUACAUCGAGACCUCGGUGUACACCAUUCGCGUAUUCAGAGUUUAACGUUGGAUAACCUAACUACAGCUCAGCUUCUCGUUGCCCGAGCGAUGGGCAACAAUACGUUAAAUGAAGUUAUGGAAGCCACCCUCGCACAGGGUAAACUUACUCCGGAAAGUUCCAUGGAGGAACGAUAUGAUUUUAUACGUGCCAAGUAUGUUGCAAAACGGUAUGUUAUGCGAACCUGUGCCGACGAUCGGGAUCUGAGAUGCGAUCUGGAGCAAGCUAUAAUAAAUGCUGAUUUGGGUCAGCUGUUACAAGUUUGGGCGGAGGGAGCAGAUCUGGGCUGUGUUUUGCCAUCGUCGGACUUUGGCGAAACGGCUCUUCAUUUGGCAGUGCUGCGAGAGAUGGGCUCUACGUUACACAUUGUAGACUUUUUAAUACAAAACAUGACCGCACAAGGGCUGAACAAGCAAACCAAUGCACCUGGUCCGAUGGACAUGACUGGAAAAAAUACUGCACUUCAUCUGUGCGCGUUGCACGAUCGUCGAGAGUGUAUGAAAUUGCUUCUUCGUUCCGGGUGUGAUUGCGAUAUUCGUAACUCACAGAAUAAACUAGCGCUGGAUAUUGCCAAAGAAAUGGGAAAUGAAGCUUGCAAAGAGUUGAUCGAACAUGCCAUGAAACGGGAAAAAAGUGCUUUUGACCACAUCAAUACUGACUGGAAUAUCCAUGAUGAUGGAUCGACAGACUUUUCGGACGACGACACCACGGCGGCAGCAUCGACGGCAAUCAUGGAUGAACGCAAGUCCCGCUCAAGACCUCCCAGCUUUGUAGGCGGCGAUUCGCCAGUAGCUCUACGAUCUCGUUCGUCCACAUGCGAUUCCAUACAGAGUGGCAGCCCAAGUCCGAGUUCAAGCUGUAAUCCGAGCUCUGUGCGUGAUCCACGUCAAAUACCACCAUCGAUUCCAUCUUCAGGUAGGACUCCCAAUUCGUUCACAUGCGACAACGCCGUGCCAUUUUCUUACGGUGGUACAGUUCCAGUGGGUAGCAUCGUUGCUGGGCCUUGCGCUGCUGCUACAUCAGCAUCGUGGAGUCCGCAGAUCACCCGUCAGAUCGGAUCCGAUCGAACGAUGGCGUCCCAACUAAUGCUUUCAUCCAGCACCGCAGCAGCAUCUGCCAGCAAAAAAUCGCAGCCCUCUGUAAAUGUAGGUUCCUUGAAAAAACGUACCGCUCCGGCUCCGCCUGCUGGUGUCGUUGGAACAACGUAUGGUACGCUGCCACAUGCGCCUAGGCAUUCACAAAAUUUCGACAAUGAACUGUUCGGCCUGUCGUCACAACAUUCCUUGCACGGGAUGGCGCAUCAUCACCACCAUCAUCAUCAUACGGCGGACAUGUACAGCACAUUGCCACACCUACGUGGAUCCGAUCCUACAGCUGCUGCUACGAGUAAUGUAGUUACUGCCAGCGCUACCACAGGUCCCGUGGGUGGCUUGUUCGAGUCGAAUCGAGAAAUCAGCGGUGGAUCAGGUAGAUCAAUUCAGGCAUCAUUACCCACAUUUGACCGUUAUGAGCCAGGGGGAGGCCGCGAUCGAGAUCCCAACUUUUUAAGUUCGUUUACUGGAGGACACAAACGAUCGCCAAGUGGAGAAUCAUUGGGCAGAAAUUUGGCUGGAGCAAAAUUGGUACUUCCGCCCGCCGGCGAGAUUCCGCAACUAAAACCGGUGUCUAAUCGUCCGAAGCAACCAAUACCUACCGCAGCCGCAGCUUCCGCCAUCGAGCCUGGUUCGGGACCUAAUUCCUCGGAUAAAGCUAUAUCAAAUGGACAAUCAAAUGAGAGUUUGUCAUCUAUGGAUGAAAGCAUCGUGACGAGGCGGCGGAUCAAAGGCCCAACAACAGUAAAUGCGGCAUACGAAACAAGCCUGCAAGAUGCCGUUUCAAGAGGAAGGGAAUGCACAGAUUAUCUCAACACAUCGGAACUACAGAAUACAUCUUUGGAUCUCCUAAGUAGCUCAUCCAUAGGUUCAUCGUGUGGUGGUAAUGCUGAUUCUUUCAACAGUAGUUUUGGCCGUAAUGACACCAUUGGUGACAGGGUUGCAUCUCAUGCAGCGAAUCUGUCUAGUAGAAAUAUUGUGAGAACAUUAAGGCGACGAUGUCGUGCUUUAUAUGAUUGUAACGCCGAUAAUGACGACGAGCUAGAAUUUAAAGAAGGCGAAAUAUUGGUUGUGUUGAACGAACGAACCGAUGACGAAAAUUGGAUGGAAGGCCAAAUUGAAGGAGACGACACCAGGCGUGGCAUGUUUCCGGUCAGUUUCGUACUAAUGAUCGACGAUUAAGAUGUGUGUUCUCCCCGGAGAUUAUUACACUAAGACGGGUGAAAAUCGGUAUGUUGGCUCCAACGGAUGGAUGAUGACAAAACUCUGUUACUGCUGUGCUAGUCCCUCGAUGACCUCGAAUGUGUGUGAUUGGUGUAAGAGAUUACAAUUGGCCAAUUGAUAGAGUAGUAUUUUUAGGUUAAUAUUUUUAUGACGCAACCAGGCCAUGAUGUGUGUGGUAUUAAUUUUAGGAAACGUUUCAAAUUUUUAUUUUAUUUGAAUUCUUUUUUUUUGUGGCUAUACGAAUGCAAAGCACACUGCGAAGCUAUCCUGCUGAGUACAUCGCGAUUUAAAACAAUCUAUCAUACGCAAACGCUCCCACACGCAUUGGCGAUGGGAGCUCAAUAGAAGACGAGCUGGAUAACAAACAAAGUUCAAAUUGCAAAGAGGAGAAACAAAACCAAACUCCUUAUUGUUAAAUGAUGUAAGAUAUUGUGUAGCAAAAGAUUAAAAGAAUGUUUAAAUUUAAUAAAUAGCGUUUCGCAAUACACACUGUUGUUGAUUCAGAGGGUUGACACUGUCUAUGU